UAUAAAUUCAGGUCCUAAACCUAAUUUUUUUUAAUAAAACUUAUUUCAACUUCUUUUUUUUUUAACUAUUAGAGGUCAUUUCUCAUAAAUAAAUCCCUCAAAAUCGUUAAUCUAUUAUAAACUCAGAAUCGCUAAACUGUGGAGGGAGAAGUACUCCUUCAACCUUGGGUUUCAUGGAUUCUCCGACGACCACCACCCAAAAGCCUAGUUCCGUCUCCACUACUGUUCCCGGCUUCAACCACAGCCACGUCAUUUUCUCAUCGCUCCUUUCGUUUCCGAACUCCUCUCCGUUCUCCAUUGCCUCCUCCUUCGAUCGAGAGCUCGACAAAGCCCUCGCUUCAGCGUCCGGCGACGUCUCUGCUCAGGACUCUCUCCUCGACCGCACUCUCCAGCUCGCGUCGCUUCUUCUAGACUCCACUAAACGAUGCUUCCGGAAGCGAGCUUCUGCUCACAACUCCAGUUCCUGGUUCCUCCCUCCCGACCUCACCAUCAAGGUGUUUUCGAUGCUUGAUACAAAGUCUCUAAUGCAAGCUUCUGUAUGCUGCACGCUGUUCAACAAGUGUGCAAUGGACCGUUUAUGCUACACCCACAUCGACUUGACAACCGCUGCUAGAAAAGCUGAUAGUGGAGUUGUCUGCAUUAUGAUCCAUCGGGCUGGCAAAGAACUCAGAUCCCUCAAGCUUGGUCGUGUUGCUCGUUCAGAUGGAUCUGAUCCUACUCCAUCUUUGCUUAACGGAUCUUUUCUUUCCCCACUUUCCUAUAAUCAUGGUUUUCUUGGGAGUCGCUUGAGAAGCCUACGGCUUUACAAUAUCAGACCGAUUAACUACACUUCCUUUACCGAGGUGUUGUCACUUUGUUCGAAUCUCACUGACCUGAGGAUUACUGGAUUAAACUGUCCAGUUAUGCUUCUGUUUAAGACACUGAGAGAAAAAUGUCGUCUCAUAGAGAACCUGUGCUUAGAGGCCUAUCAAGCCUCAGGCACUGUAGAUGCAAAAACAGGUUCACCCUUGAUAGAGUUUGUGACCAACUCCUACAACUUAACUUCUCUAACCCUCAUAAGUUUUCGACUAACCGAUGGAUUGGCCUUGAAUCUUGCUGAGAGUUCUAGUAAACUGAAGUACCUGAACUUGUCCAGAUCGCCAACACUCAAUGGUCGUUUUUUGAGGGAUUUGGGUCAUAGCUGCAAAGAGAGUUCACUCAAGACUCUAAUAAUGCGGAACUGCUACAAUCUACAGGAGAAAGAAGUCAUGGAACUUUGUAACUCGUUACUCAAGGGAAAGUUCAAAUCCAUUCGGCACAUUGAUGUUUCAAGUAACAAUGAAUUACUUACUAAUGGCGUGAGAUUUUACAAACCAGAGUUGCCUUUGAAGAAGCUGAAAGAAGAAAGAUCAGAUGUCACAUUUGUGGCGGAUUUUCCUUUAAGGUCAGGAAAGUGUUACCGUGUCUGCGAUGAAGGGGAUGAAGAAGAGCUGAGGGAGAUAGAAAUGAUAGAAGCCAAGAACGAUGGAGGGAAUGAAGAUGACUCGGACGAUGAAGAGUCUGAUGAUGAUGAUGAUGAGGACGAUACAAGCGAUGGAACGGGUGAAGAUGAUGACUCGGAAGAGGAGGAUAUGGAGUUUUGAUGAUUAGAACUGUUAGUUAAUCAAUCAUAUCAUUAUGUUAACGAUGCCAAGUGUGCUUUAGCACUGAUCUUGUUAAGUAGACAUGGGGAUUUUAUGUAAAAUAAUAUGAAGUGUUCAAACUUUGUUUCUAAACCUUUAAUUAAAUUUGAUAUUAAUUAGUACUA